GCGGAGGUAGGACCCGGAAUGACGAUAAGGGUGCUCACCAUUAAAUCGCACGGCUCGCACCGCCCUCUGCCCGCAGUCCAACGUCUUCAACAGCUUCCGAGGCAGCUCCGGGGCCCGCGGUUUUGGCUCCGGGAAAGCCAUUGCUCCGCCCUCCCUUCCUCACCACCGUACAGUAGCCUGCACCGGGGCUUUCUGCCCUGGGAACCCACGCUUUGGUGUAACCUUAUUAUUGUCCUCCAUAGUCUACUGCCUAUUUCUCACUUCCUGGUUCAACGUUUAGGCUUUUUGGAGAAAGCGCUGGAAACACUGAAGCUUGUUUCCAGCGUCUCGGUUUCUUUCCCCACGUCCUGUUUUCUUGGAACAUUUUUGGCUUCUUCGAAUUCUCUGUCCCCUGGAUGGGGGGAGUUCCAGCUCCCGCCGGCAGGAACGGAAGCGCGAGGGCUGAGGGUGUUACUCUAAAAGCCAUCCUCCGUUUCCCUGCUGGAAGCCCCCGGAAGCUGAGACUCCCGCAGCGGAAGAGGCGCGACUCGCUAUGUCCGCGAACAAUAUGUCGGACCCACGGAGGCCCAACAAAGUGCUGAGGUACAAGCCCCCACCGAGCGAGUGUAACCCAGCCUUGGAUGACCCAACACCAGACUACAUGAACCUGCUCGGCAUGAUCUUCAGCAUGUGUGGCCUCAUGCUCAAGCUGAAGUGGUGUGCUUGGGUCGCUGUCUACUGCUCCUUCAUCAGCUUUGCCAACUCCCGGAGCUCUGAGGACACUAAGCAGAUGAUGAGUAGCUUCAUGCUGUCCAUCUCUGCCGUGGUGAUGUCAUAUCUGCAGAACCCUCAGCCCAUGACGCCCCCCUGGUGAUGUCAGCCUAGAGGGGUCACAUCCUGGACCCCUCUAUCUACCUUACGCCCUAGGCCUGGCCCAUGGCUGCUCAGCCUCCUGCCCUCAGCUGCAGUCCUGGGCUUCCCUGGGUGAGGUAGUCUUGGGGCCUGCAGAUGGUUGGAGGGAACCUGGCCCUGUCCUUGGGAUCCCACUUCGCUGGAGCAGAGAGGGGAAUCUCCUGGGUCUACCCCUCCUGCCUUCCUUCCCCACCCUGCCUGCUGUUGGGGGAGAUACUAUCCGUGUUUCUAGGUGUAUCCACUUAUUUUCUUGUUGAAACCAGUUAAUAAUAAAUUUUUGCAUUCUGGUUGUUCUCUGA